CAACCAUUCUUAGAUGUAUUUCUUCAUCAUUCCAGCCCAGAAUUUGGCUGGCUUUUCCUAUUUAUCUCUCACCUUUUGGAUCGCUAUGCACAGAUUUUAAGUCCCUUCAUUCCUCCGUCAAAACCCGUUCUUCAAUCAAAAUCCUCAACGCCAAAAAUCUCUCCUAUGGAAAAGGAGUUCUUUCCAAUGAAUACACCUAAAUCGGCGCAGAAACCACAGCAAUCUGACGAGGCCACAUCGUCUACGAUUCCAUCAACACAAGCACAACAAGGGGUAAGUAUGGCUCAACAAUGUGGGGGCCCAUCGCAUUUGAUUUCAUCUUCACAUGCAGGGCAACUGAAAUUUACACUGCCAUUGUCAAAGUUCGAAGGUGUAUUUUGUCAGCAAAAUGGUCAUUGGGGGGCUAAAAUAUGCAUUCAAAACAAUCAUAUUUUGCUGGGAACGUUCGUCUGAAAUAGCUGCAGCACGAGCUUACGAUAGCGCGGCCCGCAAGCUCCUAAACAAUGAAUUCUUGUGUAACUUGUUGUUAACGAAUGUCACUAUUCAUGAACCCAUUUUUCAGAACAUGUACAACCCUGAUGACAUCAUUAAUAUGAUUAGGGAUGGCUCCUACGAACCCAAUUACAUCAAGUUCCUUUCGAAUCACUACCCUAGCUUCCGAUAUGGUGACUCUGUAGCAAUGCCCACUUCUUUGGACUCCAUCGAAGGGGUCCUUUUUAAGGAAAUGUUUCGUAAAGAGUUGCUUAUGGGUGACAUUACAAAUGAGAAUUUAUUGGUUUUACCUAAUGAAGCUCAGCCGUGCUUUCAUCCAUGGAACUCCAACCCAGACGAACUAUGGUUUGAAUAUAAAGACAGGAGGUAUCGGUCAUGGGUGUUUCAAUUAUGUCGUACGAAUAAUCCUCAGAUUUAUGUAAUCACCACGGGUUGGAAAAAAUUUUUCAAUGAGAUGGAGCUUCGCGUUAAUGAUAUUGUCCUCUUCUACGGAUGUAAGGACAUGCGAAAUUUUCCUUGUAGCUCUUUUAGUAUGAUUGAUGUCAUCCGGGGUGUCAAAAAUCGUUAGAUGCAGCGGCGGUAUUGAGCCUCAUUCAUGUGGAAGCUUAAAUGCUAUAUAGCAGUGAUUAUUCCUCUUCAAAAAUUUUGAAAAUUUUCUAAGAUCAUAUGUUUAGAAUAAGAACGGUUUUAUUUGAUUGAACCUGAAUAUUUAAUUUUUUAUUGUAAUUAGUACUUAGUAAUAACAGUUUUUAUGAUGUGUGCAAAGU